AUGCCUUACACCUCGCGCUACCCAGCGCUCGACAUCCCCAGCUCCAACAUUCUCAACUACCUCUUCCCAGAUCCUCCCAAGACCUCACGGGAGCCUCUCUGGUUCGACAGCAAGGAUCCGUCCAAAAACUUGUCCCCGGCCCAAUUGCUCAACUGGGUCCGGCGAUUGGGAUGCGGCCUCCAGCGGCUCGGUCUGAAUCGCGGCGAUGUCGUCAUGAUUUGCUCCCCCAACCAGAUAUUCGUCCCGGUCGCGUAUCUCGGUAUAGUCGGAGCUGGCUUUGUUUUUAGCGGUGCCAAUCCGGCGUACACAGAACAUGAGCUCGUCCAUCAGAUCACCAACACCACCGCCAAGGUGAUUCUCGCCCACCCGAAAAUGCUCCCUCUCAUCUUACCCGCGGCUGCCAAGGCGGGCAUGCCAAAGGAGCGCAUCUUCCAGUUCUCCGAAGAGGCCAAUCCCACUCUCGACGGCGUGCUGGACUGGAGAAUCAUGGCUGGCACCGAACGCGAUGGCAACACAUGGACAUGGCCCGAGCUGGGCUCCGACGAGGCCAAGAAGACAAUCGCCACGAUAAACUACAGCUCCGGCACCACGGGCCUGCCAAAGGGCGUGUGCGUCUCGCACAGGAACCUCAUCGCCAACGUGGACCAGACCAUGUUCAUGCGCUACGGGCUGAGACCCUACUCGUUCGAGAACCGCCCGCGGGAGCGCUGGAUUGGCUUCCUGCCGCUCUACCACGCCUACGGGCAGCUGUACACGAUCCUCAUGGCCAUCAGGCUGAGCGUCCCCAUCUACAUCAUGGCCGAGUUCCGGUACGAGGACUUCCUCUUCGCCGUGUCCAAGUACCGCAUCACCAGCCUCCAGGUGGCGCCGCCCAUCCUCGUCAUGCUCUCCAAGCGGCCGGAGACGUCGCGCUAUGACCUCUCGAGCGUCAAGGAGGUCCUCUGUGGCGCGGCGCCGCUGUCGCGGGAGCUGCAGAACGAGUGCCAACGCCGAUUCAACGUCCACAUCUACCAGGGCUGGGGCAUGACUGAGGUGACGUGCGGGGCGCUUCAUGUCCCCGGAGGCGUGAGGGACGACUCGGGAUCUGUUGGGCAGCUGGAUCCUAACUGCGAGUGUCGGCUGGUCGAUGAUGAUGGCAACGAGGUCAAGACUGGGAGCCCCGGGGAGAUUCACAUCCGCGGGCCCAACAUCUGCCUCGGAUAUUGGAGGAACGAGGCGGCUACGAAGGAAACCCUUGAUGAGGAUGGGUGGCUCAAGACUGGCGAUAUCGCAAUAUGCGACGAGAAGGGCUUCUUCUGGAUUGUGGACCGAAAGAAGGAACUUAUCAAGGUCAACGCUCUGCAAGUCGCACCCGCCGAGCUCGAGGCUGCUCUCCUUGAAAAUGAGAACGUGGCUGAUGCAGCCGUCGUCGGGAUAACCCUUAACGGAAGCGAGUGGCCGCGCGCCUACGUAGUGAUACAGGAGGCGUCACAGGGCAAAGUAACCCCCAGCGACAUCCAGAAAUGGCUGGCCCCGAGGGUGGCCAAGCACAAACAGCUGGCCGGCGGCGUCGUCUUCAUCGACGAGGUGCCCAAGCUGGCCAGCGGCAAGAUCCAGCGCAAGACGAUGAGGGAGUGGGCCAAGCGAGAUGCGGCCGAGCUGGAGAAGGAGGCGCAUAACGCAGGAAACGCGAGGGCCAAGCUGUAG